AUGCUGACAACGUCGUGCUUGUCGCUGAAGAAGAGCCUUAAGCGCCGUCUCAAGACUCAACUUCUUCACUUCGAGGUCGUCACUGGCGGGAUUACACUUGGCGGCCUGCCUAUCGGCACGGAUGGAUUUCAUGCUAGUCAGCUCCGAGCGAAGGUUUCUACCCUCAACGAAGAGCUCUCGAAGCUCGGGCUCGUCCAGCAUGGCUUCAUGUUCAAGACGCUGGUGAGGGCGAGCCAUCUCCAGAAGCUGCGCUUCUUCCUCCAGGGGUCUUCUCCGUUUCUCCCGCGGGUCCAAUCACAGAUUCGUCGCUUUGACCUCUCUGUCCACCUGGCGCUUGAGAAAUACCACCGCUGGCCUUCCUCGCAGUACCUCGCCGCGCAUCCCGACCUGCUAGAGUUUGCGAGGUUCAAGCGGGAGCUUCCGCAUAGUCGGGGAGGGGACGAGUUCAUGCCCUCUGAGGGUCUACACCCCGCUGUUUACUAUACGGCUAUCGCUCGCUUCCUCGCUUGGUACUCUGACCAGCCGAUGUCCCGGACCUUGCCCUCUCCUCAUAGCCUGGACGUUCACUGCUCGAGAUCUCUCCGUGCCCAGAAGCAUCCUCUGGCGACCUUCUUCGUUGAGGCGCACGACUUCGUUCAUAAUGCUGGAGCGAUCCUCUACCGUCGUGUGAAGGCUCCUGCACCGGCUGCAGAUGGCGCGGCGAUCCCACCUGCCCCGGCUGCUGUGCCUGAUGACGCAGGACGCCCCCCGGCAUCUGUGGUACACAUCCCUGUCUACCAUCUUCGCUCACCCCUCAAGGCCUUCCCGCACCGCUAUGCUCAGAUGCUCGACUGCUAUCUCCAUGGCAUGCCGAUCUGCCAGUGUCCGACGAAAUGUGAUGGAUGUCAGCGCGAGCUCGAUCCCUCCGUUGCUGCACAUCAUCUCCAGACCUGCAAACGCCGAUCCUCCAAGCUUCCCACGGCGCAUGACAACCUUACUCGUACGAUUCGGUCGAUGCUGAACGAAGCUGGUCUUCAGAGCGUCAUCGAUACAGUGGGGGAUCCUCGUUCUCGACGGCAGGUACCCUCCCAUCCUCAUGGCCGCAAGAUGAAGGGCGAUAUCCACAUCCCUGGAAUCCGCGAUCGAGGGUCCGAGCAGUACGAGGGCUUGAUGGCGGACGUGACGUUGGUCCACCCUUACAUUGGUAGCUCUGCCGACCUGACCAAGUGGGGGGAGGUCAACCUCGACGCCCUCCAUGUUGCAGCGUCUGAGAAGAUUCGCAAACAUCGCGCUGCAUAUGCUAUGACUACUCCUCCUCGAGCGUUCAUCCCUCUUGCCAUCUCGACGGACGGUACCCUGCAUCCUGACACCCGGAACCCUAAACCCUAA